AGCCGACAGCCUCAUAUCAAAAACAAGCUGCUAAGUUACGUUAGCUAGCUCCCCUGUCUAACAGCAGACGGUUGGCCCACAGCCGGCUGAUCGUCACUUCAACUUUUGGGAAGCAACUUUUAGAACAACAUAAGUUGUUGAACGCAGUUGGACGACACAACCUCACCCCCUCGAAAGUCAUGGCGUGUGGAGCCACCCUGAAGAGGACCAUGGAUUUUGAUCCCCUGAUGAGUCCUACGUCCCCAAAAAGACGAAGAUGUAUCCCUGUGUCCCCCUCGUCCACGUCCUCAUCCCCUAGGAAGUAUCUUAGCAUGGAGCCCUCGCCAUUUGGGGAAUCAUCGUCAACACUUAGUGCAGAACAAAUCCUCAACAGCAUCAAGCAGGAGUACAAACGCAUUCAAAAGAGGAAGCAUCUAGAUGGAGGCUUCCAGCCGUCAGAGUGCUGCUAUUCUCCAGAGUCCCCAUCCCAGUCGUCUACUUUGAAUGUUUCCAGCAUGCCAGGAGCGUCUUCUGGAGGCGUUUCUCCUUCUAGAAAAGAACAGCCAUUAUUCACCCUCAGACAAGUUGGAAUGAUUUGUGAACGCCUGCUGAAAGAAAGGGAAGAGAAGGUGCGGGAGGAGUAUGAGGAGACGAUGACCUCAAAACUGGCAGAGCAAUACGACACCUUUGUGAAGUUCACACAUGAUCAGUUAAUGCGACGAUUUGGAGAGCAACCUGCAAGCUAUGUUUCCUGAGUGUGGCACAGAAAUCUUUGCAAGACAGCCUUCCCUUGCUGCAAGCUAUCAUGCGAUAUCUCAAGAAAGGAAAUCAAAAUAAAGUUCAUCAUCGCAAGAGAUUCAGUUCAGCCAGUUUAAAUGAAACUUUUCUUACUGUGCCAUAUUUCUGUCUUUGGGCAAAGGUUUAUAUGACACUGUCGUCAGUUGUUGCCACUCUGUUGUAAGCGACUAGGUGCUUCCUGAUGUAAAUGAACAGACCCGAUCUCUACCAGUGGCCUAUGUUCCUCCCGCUGUACGUGUAUCUACAGUUAUCUCACUUUUGUAAUGGUUCCCGGCAUUCCAAGCUUUGUCACUUGUUUUCUGUUUGUUACAUGUAAAUAUGAUAAAGCAACAGAGUUUUACGUGAGGUUUGCUGGUCAAUCUGAUAGGAAGUGGAAGAAAACAGAGCUGAACAGAGAGAUAAUGUUUGCAGUUUGUUCUCUGUUCAUUGCUUUUUAAAUUCAACAUAUAGUGGGCUAAUUUGAUUUUUUUUGUUCUCCCUACAAGUGUUUUAUUUAUUUUGACUUUUGUUUUGCUGGUAUCACUUUGAAACCAAUGUACUUAUUGGACAAAACAAUAAAAAUCUUUUAAGAGUUGAA